AAAGGUCAGAGGUCUAUAUCGACCUUUUACCUUUGGAUAGAGAUGGUGUUCACCCCCAAGCUGCUGGACCGACACUGUCUACGUCAUCAGGGCUGCCUGCAUGCCAGCACACCCCUCGAAAUUGGAGGUCCCAGAGUUUUGGGAGGCAUAUUGCACUCUUGGGCUGCCUGGUACUCAAUGAGCCAGACAGGAUCCUGUGGUGGUUGCAUAUUUGGGACUGGAAACACUCGACAACGUCCGAUAGUGACCUCAGUGACACUGUGUUUGGCGCAGGAAGCGCAACAUCGAUUGACUAUCGCUUCCUUGGAACCAGCAGACUGCUCAUGGUUGUCGGCAUCAAUUUGAAUGUCUAUUCAAUCGAGGAUAUGUCCCAGGCACCACAAUUGCUGGCAUGCUUCUUAUUGCCUGCACCUAUAUAUAACGCGCAUUUUUUUCCCAAAUUACUCGGAUGAUGGUGCACAGAGGUCACAACCAGCAAUGCGACAAAAAAUAUGGAAAUCAGACCCUACUCAUCAAGUAAUAUCCCUAAAAACAUCGAAACAUGUCAUUGUCAUUUACACCAAGAUUUUCUUCGAGCCCAGCUUCCUUAAAGGGGCCUCAACAUCAAUACCUUGGGAGGGUUGGGGCCCUUUAAAUGUUCGUAUUUUCCAGCGCCUUGGGAAGGAUUUUAAUUCCGCUGCUGGGAGUCGAGUCUUAAUGGUGAAUCAUGCCAUUGACACAACAGCCAAUACUUUUGUGGGUUAUAGUUUGCUCAUGAUGGACUUCAGCCCAUUAGCUAUCAAGCACCGGCAGGGCCUGGGACGGUUAGUGAGAGAGUCAUCUACAAUAGACUUGGAUGGAGAGUUGGUAACAACAUCCCUGCCUUAUGUCGAGGUUGUGUCGAGGGAGACACCCAUUUAUUACUCGGAGCUGGUGAUAUCAUCAAUCGAUGAUGGCAGAAUUUAUGCAUUUCAUUUUGAUGAGCAUGGUGUUAAGGUCAUCAAGGUUUGGGACGGGGUUUGAAGGGUGCUCCAUUCAUGGCAAUAAAUAAGUUCUACAUGUAAGAGGAGUAGACUGUUAACGUCGAGGAUGCAAUAUUACAGCACGAGAUUGAACAGAAAUGAGUAGAAUGAAGGAGAGGAA